AUGAUCCGCCAGAAGCCCUCUGCGGCCAUGCAGAAGACCUACGACGACUGCUACCUGGUCUGCUCGACCGCAGUCUACUUCGAAUCCCAGGGCAACGAGGCCGAGGCACUGAGAUCGUGGCGCAACGCCCUGGAUCAGAUCUACUACUUCAAUGCCUAUCGCCGCCCUGCCAACUGGGCCCCCAAGACCGAGACCGAAAAGGCCCUGCAGGCCUCGCUACGAGAGCUGGAGCUGCAGUGCAAGGAGCGCGUUGACCUUUUCGAGGCCUUGAAGGAGAGCCGCAAGGAUGCAAAGAAAGAAAAGGACCCCGCGUUCACUGGCGACGUGCAAGCCUCAGGCGCUCCCGACGGAGGUGCCUGGCUUGGCCAGGGUACCGUCCCGCCGGUCAACUAUCCUGACCUUACGAGACCACCGCCGUUGCCUAAACGCCCCUCGUUUCCCAAAUCCAGAAGCAGCGAUGGUGGACGGGCGCAGAGCUUGCCAGCCCAGCCAUUUCCCAUACCGUCUUUCAAAAAGACCACACGAAAUAUGAGCCCAGAAAAGAAAGGGGGGAUGUUGAAGACGUUGAGACCAACGCCGAAGGACGGGAGAAAGGCGUCGUCAUCGUCGCGUCCAUCCGCCUCGAAGGGAAAGCCUCCGGCAGCGGCAAAGGCGGCAACACAGGCCUGGGGCUCUAUUUCUGGCCCAAGCAAAGGCCCAGCACUGACAGCUGAAAACAGCAGCAAGGAAGCGCUUUCUAUGUCGAAGGAAGCCAGCGCCCGUCCGUCCUUCGACGGGGCCCAACACCCGAAUGGGAGCGGUGCGGAACGGUCUGCAAGCCCGUUUUAUUUCAAAUACCCAGCCAUGGAUGACGAUCAAGGAGACCGUAGGGCUUUUCACUUCUCCGUACCUGAGAGCGACAGUUCUGCUGCAGCUGCGAAGGUCCUGUCACAGGCGGCAGAGAGUCAAGAGAAAAAGAAGCCACCUACUCCUCCCCCUCAUAAACAUUUGCAUAGACCGCUUCCAGCCAGACAGAGGACCUCUGAACCUCGGGCAAAAGCGACGCCCGGCUUUCCUUCUUAUAGGAGCGAGUACCCUUCAGCCCCAGUCAACUCGAAGAAGCUCGUGUCUGUGCCCAAGAUCCACGAACCCAUAUCAGCUCGGGGCGGCAAGCUUCCUACCAAGUCAAAGCCGUCCUCCUGCGCAGGACCGCCUAGCGCUGUUCAUCGCAAGGCCCUCACAAGCGACGCAUCCCAGGAAUCCGCCGGGCACACAGCCUCACCAACAAGUGGUGACGACAGCAUGAGCAGUGAGCUGGAGCGGGAAACUCGUCCUCGAAGGCGGCAAGUAAAAGGGAAAGCACGUUUUGCGUCUGGAAAUUCUCGACCAACGCCCACGUCAGACUCUUCAUCGGAAGAUUUGGACGACACGGCGUCGGAGACAUCACCAGAGGACAAAGUUUGGAAAGAGCGAAUGGAACGCUGUUUGAAACGACUACCCAAGGGAGUUGACGAGGCUGCCGCGAAACAGAUAUUCAAUGAGAUUGUUAUCCAUGGGGAUGAGGUACACUGGGAUGAUGUUGCCGGACUUGAAGUCGCUAAAUCAGCGCUCAAGGAAACUGUAGUAUAUCCCUUCCUCCGACCGGAUCUUUUCAUGGGGCUCCGUGAACCAGCACGGGGGAUGCUUUUGUUCGGCCCGCCUGGCACCGGCAAGACGAUGCUAGCGCGCGCUGUGGCAACAGAAUCAAAAUCGACAUUUUUCGCCAUCUCCGCAAGCAGCCUGACCAGCAAGUAUCUGGGCGAAUCGGAAAAACUUGUUCGUGCCUUGUUCCAGUUGGCAAAGGCACUGGCACCGUCUAUCAUCUUUGUCGACGAGAUCGACUCGCUUCUUUCUUCCCGUUCCGGCUCCAGUGAACACGAGGCAACUCGGAGGAUCAAGACGGAAUUCUUGAUCCAGUGGUCUGAUCUAGCCAAGGCAGCCGCAGGGCGAGAGCAAAACGAGAAGGAAAAAGAAAAGGGCGACGCCAGCAGAGUCCUUGUGCUUGCAGCCACGAAUCUGCCAUGGACCAUUGAUGAAGCUGCAAGGAGGCGGUUUGUCAGACGACAGUACAUUCCUCUUCCGGAAGACCGUGUCAGAAAGUUGCAGCUGCAAACGCUUUUGAGCCACCAAAAGCACAACAUCACGGAUGAGGACCUGGACAGGUUGGUGGAGUGGACCGAAGGGUUCUCCGGAUCCGAUAUUACAGCUCUUGCCAAAGACGCAGCUAUGGGGCCAUUGCGAAGCCUGGGCGAGAAGCUUCUCCACAUGACAAUGGACGAGAUUCGACCAAUGCAGGUCGUCGAUUUCCAAGCAAGCUUGGCAAAUAUCCGACCAAGCGUAAGCAGACAGGGUCUCAAGGAAUACGAGGACUGGGCGAAAGAGUUUGGGGAGCGAGGGGGCUGA